AUGGAAAUUGUCAGCAUUGAUUCGCCGAAGUUCCGAAUCGGAGAUCUGAGAAAGCAGUUUAUUUCCUGUCUACCCAAUGAACAUAAAAUAUUGAAGGAAAACGAAGCUAGUGAACUUAUUACAUCUGAGUUUAAGAAGAUCGUAACUGAUUCUUCAAUAUUCAAGCAGCUUGAGAAUGAUUGCAGUUUGGAAAAUUUAUACGUCGAUAGAGAGUACACGACCUUAGAAGAAAUCUUAAAAAUCAUACCAUCGAGGAAAGAUGAAAAGCAGCUGAAAACCCUAACUCAUUUACUGAAAGAAACUGAAGGUUUGAAUUCUAGAACAUCAGUCCUCACAGCAAUGCAAAGAAAUCCUCGACCACUUGUGGAUAUGUCUUACCGAAAUUCUGUUGAUGAAUCUCCAGAGGCAACAGAAGUCAUCCCGGAUGUAUUUGUGACCGUUCUUGUCUACCGACCAUUUAGCCUUCCUAACAUUGAUCCCUGUGCACAGUCUCGGCAACUAGUCAUUACUCAGAGGUUGGUGCUGUUGUCCAAGCAAAAUCUCACAGUCUUAAGGGAAGCUAUUAAGUGUUCACAAGAUAAAGUUUGGCUAGGAGACUGUAGCGAGGCCCUUGAUAAUCCUGAACUGCGUGUUUCGGCGGAUAAAAUAUACCCUUCUUCAUACUUUUUCAUUGAAGGCACGUUUUAUGAUGAUUUGCGGAACGCAAAUAGCAAGAGCCUUGGGGAAGAGGUUAUACAGUGGGCGAAAAGCAAGAAAGAACUUAAGACGUAUGGGCCUUUUACAUCAUUACCAAUGGAAUCAGUGACUCUCGAAAAUCUUGUUAUUUGUAUUGGAAAGCCAUAUUUCUUCGUACACCAAGGAAAUUGUGAACAUAUGAUUAUCUUCUCCGAUAUCCGUCUUGUAGAUCGUGAUUCAUGUCAAACGGAGUCCUUAUUCCCAAUGCUCACCGGUCGAUGCAAUACAAUAAAUCUUAUGGGUUUUCCUAGAGAGGAGAAAAACAAUGAACAAGCAGCGAACACAAACCCAUCAGUAGGAGAAUCAAGCGCAGAUAAAGUUGCGGCUGCUACUUUCGGUGUUUUAUCUGAAAUUUCAAGUCUCUUAAACACAGGUUUAGAUAAUGAAGAAUUGCUGAUGUGCAUCAAACUAAUUGAGAGCGGUGUGAACCCAACUACUCUAGCUUUACUUGUAAACAAUGUGAAACAACAGUGCGAACACCUUUCUGAACUCAAAAGAUAA